ACCGAGCUUCCCAUGUGUUCCCCAUGUGAGCAUUUUGCUACGAGUUGAAAAGCGUUGUAUGGUUACUCCCAUGUAAAAUCUUAUUUUGUCCUUAAAAUGAAGAAAAAGAGAAUGGAACCGAUAUCAUCUGAAAGCCAGGACAAUGAGGUGGAAUCACCAGUUCCGUCUCAAAGUGAAGAUGAAGAAGAGAAGACGACCAGGGGUCCUAAACGAAAAGCAAAGAGCACAGUGGCACACCAUGGAGUCUUAAAGCCACUUAAAAUGUCCAAACAGGAGUUGUACAAAGCCCCCACAGUAGAAGAAUUUAACCAGCUAAAGGACGCAGAAAAUCUCUUUCAUUGCAGUUUAUUAAAAAUGCAGAUGGAUGAGCUGUUGAAGGAGGUAUCACUAAGUGAGCCUAGGAAGAAGCUUGUGGAGUCUUUUGUGCAGCAGGUCACAGAUCACCUGAAGUCGGUACCUAUAACUGAAAUUGUGGAGUUGGAAGAUGUUUCAUGGCUGUCAGGUGUUGAAGUCCCAUUCCUCCUCAUCCCAAAAGUAGCAAAAGGAAAAUUUCACAUGGAGCCUCCAUCAUCUAUCAGCAUGGUGGGCAGCUAUCCACUGGGCACAUGUAUUAAACCCCGAGUUACGGUGGAUUUGGCCGUCACCAUUCCAGAUACUAUUUUACACCCGAUGGAUGCCAUCAAUCAGAGGUACCCUCGAAAGAGAGCGCUAUAUCUGGCUGGCCUGGUGCAACACCUCAUCUCCUUCAAGAUUGUGGGUUCAGUGCGCUACUCUUGUCUCCAUGGCAACCGUCUUCGUCCCAUCCUUCUAAUCAAGCCCAGAGGUAAAGACAGCAGCAGUGUUACGUUGCGGAUUCAUGCCGUACCCCCUCCAAACUUUCUCAAACCCCAACGCUUUCAUCCUCAGAAGAACAAUGUCAGGACUGAGUGGUUCACCGGUGUUACCAAUAAACAGCAAGAAAGCAGCGAGCCUCCUACUCCUCAUUAUAACAGCACGAUUCUUGGAGAUCACCUCCCCUUAUCGCAUCUUCAGUUCCUUUUGGGCGUUAGCGCACAGUGUCCUGCUUUUAGAGAUGGUGUGGCCCUCCUCAAAGUUUGGCUGAGACAGAGAGAACUGGACCAGGGAGCAGGUUGUUUUUGUGGCUUCCAUGCUUCUAUGUUAAUGGCUUAUCUUCUGUCCACGCACAAAGUUGGCAAGAGCAUGAAUGCCUACCAGCUGUUCAGGAACGCACUGAAUUUCUUAGCAUCCACCGAUCUGACCAAGAACGGUAUCACCUUGGCUAAGAACCCAGACAAAAACGCACCGUCACUGGCUGAAUUUCACAUGGCGUUUUCAGUGGUAUUUGUGGACCCUUCUGGACAUCUCAAUCUGUGUGCAGAUAUGACAACUUUUACCUAUAGACAGAUCCAACAUGAGGCAUCUCUCUCGCUCAAGAUCUGGGAUGAUCCUACAGUAGAUGGCUUCCAGUCUUUGCUUAUGACAUCCAAAGCCAUGAUCAGAACAUAUGACAAUGUCUUUCAGUUGAGUGAUCUUGUAAAGAUGCAGGCUUCUUGUAAAAAGCUUUCAUUGCUCAAUGAGCUCAUGGACCACAGCGGGAACUACGUUCUCGCUGCACUUCCUUUCAUUUUGUCUCUGUUGCAACGAGGACUUGGAGAAAGGAUCCAACUUUUGGCACAUUCACUCCCACAAGACCCAGAGUGGUCUGUGGACAGUGCACCUCCAAAGCACAAAAACCAGCCACCAUUAAGCAUUGGCCUGCUGCUAAAUCUUGAAAAUGCUCUCUCUUGUAUUGAAAGAGGACCACCAGCAGACAGUCCCAAGGCUGCAGAGUUCAGACAGCUGUGGGGUUCUCGGUCAGAGUUGAGACGCUUUCAGGAUGGGUCCAUAACUGAAGCAGUCAUGUGGUCUGGAAGCUCCAUCUGCCAGAGGAGACUUAUCUUACUGGAGAUCAUUACUUACCUGCUAGAGCUUCAUGCAGAUAUCCCUAAUACAUGCAUCAGAUUUGUCGGACAGCUGGAUAACAUCAUCAUGGUUGACAAAGAGAUGUGCACUACAGGAGAGGAGGAGAGUCUGAGUGUGGUUCAGGCCUAUGAUGAUCUGAGCAGAAAGCUUUGGCAGUUGGAGGGUUUGCCGCUAUCCAUUACUUCUGUCCAAGGAGCCCACCAAGCCCUAAGAUGCACACAGGUUUUUCCACCGGUCGCUGUGAAGUUGGAUUAUUCAUUUUUUGACAGAGGGAGAAACGCUCUAGGAUUUGUGCCAAAAGUGGACAAACCCUGCCCUUAUUACAUCACCCCAAUUAAAGUCGUCGUUAAUGUGGAAGGAAGUGGAAAAUGGCCCAAUGACCCUUUGGCGAUACGUCACAUUAAAGCAGCCUUUCACAUCUGCUUGGGCGGGCUGCUUAACAGGCACCACAAAUACAAAUAUCAUGCCAAACCCACCUAUCUGGAUGUUUGGAAGGAUGGGCUAGCCUUCCGCAUCCAGGUGGCUUAUCACAGGGAACCACAGAUCCUUAGGGAAAUGCAGACACCAGAGGGAAUGCUGAUCUACAGAGACAACCUUGAGGCCCAGACCCUGGAACUGGAGACGCAUCAUAAACCUUUCCUAACCAGCACCCUGCAUGGCCUUCAGCUACAACAUGCUUGUUUUGGUGCGGUGUGCCGUCUGUGUAAACGCUGGUUAGCAUCUCAGCUCCUGUUGGAAGACAUACGAGAGGAAGCGGCUGACCUGCUGGUGUCUUCACUUUUCCUACAUUCUGCUCCCUUUACUCCACCAUGCUCACCUCAGGUUGGAUUCCUUCGCUUUCUCCAUUUGCUUUCAACUUUUGACUGGAAAAACAAUCCACUGAUCGUCAACCUCAAUGAGAAACUUACAGUUGCUGACUACACAGAGAUAAAAAAUGACUUUGUGGUCUCUCGAGAAUCUCUUCCCACCAUGUUUAUUGCCACACCCAAUGACAAGAAAGUGUCUGUGUGGACUAAAGAAGCUCCUUCAGUACAGAUGCUCCAGCGUGCUGUCUUGUUGGCAGCAGAGAGUCUGCAAGUUUUACAGGCACAGCUCGUUGACUCCAGUCAAAAACAAGACAUCAGAUUGGUAUUUCGUCCUCCUCUGGAAGCUUAUGAUGUUCUGAUCCACCUUGAACCAAAGCAGGUGCCUUUGUUAGCGAAGGCAGUGGACCCUCCUCUUCUCACCUUUCAUCAGGGUGUCUCUAAAGGUUCUGCCACCACAGACAAAGCUCUGCCAGUCAUUGACUAUGAUCCAGUCAGAGUGUAUCUGUCUGAACUAAGGGAUGCAUUUGGAGAUCUAGCUCUGUUUUUCUACGACCCAUUUGGUGGAUCUGUGAUCGCUGUCCUGUGGAAACCAAAAGCCUUUGAACCUCAAUCCUUCAAGACGUCUUUAAUGAAUGCUCAUCGUGUGGAGGUGCAUAAUGAUGUAGCCUCCACUGUGCCAAACGUAGAGGCCAUCUUGCAGGAUUUCCGUAUCAUCGGGGAGGGUCUUGUAAAAAAUGUGGAGUUAAGAACAGAGAAAUGGGUUGUCUAAGAUAUUUUGGGAACAACUCUUAAUGUGGAUAAUGUGUGAGCUUAUGUUUGCUUAUGUGAGACUCUUUAUAUGGUCUGAUUGCCUUACUAGAUUUUUUGACAUCUGCUUUGAAAACUUGUUCAGCUGUAUUAUUGUAAUUAUGAAAACAAUGAUUAUGAAUAAACCUUUUAUUCGCCCCCUGGUGGCUGGCUGCAGUACAAGUCAUAAACCCCGCCC